AUGCUACGCCCAAGUAUUCGCCUACCGGGGCUACGAGGCUCCGUAACCAAUAUCACAGCAUCCAGAACGGUGUAUGUGAUGAGCUACGAAAAACGAAAGAAAACGCCCGGCAAAGCGAAGAGUGACGACCUAAAGAAAUGGGCUGAAAAGGAUAAUGACCGUAUUGCCAGAAAGGAACACGAAGACUACGCAAGAAAGCUCAAGGAGUUGAAAGAGCUCUCUAAAAGUAUGGCAGCAUAUAUAAAGAGGAGAAGUGUUCGAGAAGAGGAGGUCGAAAAAUUGAAGAGCAUUCCACUACCUUCAGAGACCGAAGCAGCUGCAUUAACAGCUAAAUCAGCUGCUGGGCUUCCCUCAGGAGUGCCAUUCAAUCCUAAAAAUGCUUCACUUGCAACUUCUAUGGUGUCUCUCCCUGAAUCUAUUCAGGAGAAGUUGGGAUUAGCUGUAAAGUACUUGGUGUCGAGAGAGAAUCAAAAUUGGAGUCUCGUGCUUCAUCAGCUAAAUGACGAUGGAGGCUUGCAAGGCAUUCCAGAGAAGGAUGUGAGAAAAAUGGUCUAUGCGAUUCCUCGAAGCCAAUUGAGACAUGUUUUUCCCCAGAUAGAGAGUCUCCUAACUUCUUCUGGCAUCCAGUUGUCACCAAAGAUCGUCAACUGUUAUUUGAAAUCCAUGACCGUAGGGAACACGGUCAAUGAGGCAGAUUUGAAGACGGUAGAGAAGUAUACCGACCAGCUCAGACUGUUAAGUGAGCAGGGGAAGUUAUCCAGAGACACGUACGAGGUUUUAGUGGAAGCAUACGGCAAGGCAGGCAACGUUGAGAAGAUGAACGACAUUAUCAAAGAAAUGAAAACUUUCAAGCUCAGCCCAUCUCUGAAUGUGUAUUCCAACGUUUUGUCAACCGUGGUCUACAAGACCAGAGAUCAUAAACAAGCGGUGCAACUUUUCGAUCUGAUGAAGUUUUUGGCUGGAUCCAUGUCUCCAUCCACGAGGGAAUAUCAGGAUAUCAUUGUCUCAUAUGUGAAUAAUGAUGACAUCGAAAAAGCACUUGAUCUCUAUCAGGAAAUGAUUUUUGGGGGGAUUUCAUUAAGCCAGAAUAUUUUGGUGGCAUUGGCAAGGGGAUGUAUGUCUCGUGAGCCUCUUCGUGUUAAGGCCUGGGAUUUCAUUUUCGAAAUUUACAACUACAAAUGGGAACCAACCGUUCAGACACUAGAGUAUAUCCUUUAUUUGGCUGCCAAAGAUGGAGAUCUUGCCUUGGCUCGUGCAUUUUACCAACAAUUGAAUGUCUCUGAUGCCACAUCGCCCCGGUCCUUCUCAUUCCUCUUCCUAGCAUACACAAGAAGUACCAUUGGCGUCCCGGUGAAUGAGUAUCAACCGUUGGCAAUCACGGCACACGAGAAAGGCAGAAACUUCCGUCGCAACAUCUUGGACCUUGUUGACUUCUCGCCCAAGUUCGAAAAUGCUAAGCAAGCUGUUCCAUUUCUUCCUAAGGUUGCACUCACUGAGGAGAGAGAAGUGUUGGCCGAGCUGAGUGCUAUUAUGGCUCAUGCUCUCAUGGUGCAUCCUGGGUAUGUCAACAUCGAAAGUGUAAACACUUUUAUGAACAUCGCAGCCAAUAUGGGAUCACUUGAAGAGUUUAUCGAAAGAUACAACGAAUUCACAUUUUUGGAUAAAUCUGGUGUUAAUGAAACAAGAACCAUAAUCGAGCCCGAGAUAUUGGAAUCCCUCGAUACUUCGAUUAUGUCUCAACGUUCCUCAGCCACCAAGUCUCCAAUUCUCUCAGAAGUUCUCCAGCACCGAAAGAACUCAUACAAGGUUCCAAGAAAUACAAUAACCUACUUAAUUGCAUUGAAGGCUGCUGCAAAGCAUCAUGAUUACAGUUUUGCUCAAAGCAUUUGGAGUGAAAGAGGUACUUACAGAAAGUCCAACGAUUUCAAGUCUCUUCCCAGAGAUACCAAAGACAAGCUCGAUUUCAGCUUUGCCAGCGGCAUGGUGAAUUGUCUUACUGAUCUCAAGCUCUUGGACGACGCAUUGGCGAUUCUUGUCAGCACAGAGUACCAAUUCAAGUGGACAUGGAAAGAGUUGCGAAAAUUAUACACCGCCGCAGUGGAUGUGGGGCACACUAAUGUUACAAAAACAGUCAGAGGAGUGGUGAAGAGAGCGCAGGUGACGCAUGAAGGUAAAAUCAGGAAAAAGGAUUACAAACGAUACAUAAUGGAGAGAGGAUAUUGA